AUCGGCACUCAUGCGCGCACCGUCUCUUCGUUCCGCCGCUUGCUUCCGCGGAACUCACACACUGGGCAACACUACUCUACCCAAAUGAAACACCCACACACACACACAUCCAUCCAUCCACACCCACCCACAGACGGACGGACAGAUAGAUAAAUAGACUGAUAGACUGACUGUCCCUUCUGACCUAUGGGCAAGAUGGGGCGGGCUGUGUGCUGCCUGCCUGUCUGCCUGCCUGCCUGCCUGAUGGGCUGGAUGGAGUGGACUCAUCUAUCGACAAGAAAGAAUAUGUCUCUCAGGCAAAGGCCCAGGCAAUUGCGGAAGCACAAGCGCAUCACACGACAUGAAUGACACCAUGACACCAGAUGUAAUCUAAGCACAGACUAAUAUUAGACACGCGGGCUAACUGAUCAACGCUUCAACACCGAACCAAUCAACGACCGAGCGGCGUCGCACUCCGUCGACACCUUGCGAGCGUAUCUCAUCAGAUCAUCCACGCCUUGCUUCCACUGCCACCCACUGCCUCCUCUCUCGACGACUGCACUGCGUUGCGCACCGCCGUCGCCAUCGAAAGUCACCUCCACACUGGACAAGGUAAGCAUCUUGACAGAGACUCGUUCGCACAACCACUGCGGGUACUUCUCGCGGAACCGACGCCUGAACUGACUCAUCACCCGCUUGCCCUCCUCGCUGUCGGCCGGAACGGGGCCAUCCGUCCCCGUCGACUCAGUUGUUUGCUGUGCUAUGCUGCCAGCCGGGACGAGCAUGGAGGGCGCGCGAGCGGACGGACUGAACGGAUCGUUGGGGAUGCGAUCGACGGGAGGGAAGGAAGACGGACUAACAGCACCGGUGGACGACGAGGACGGACCGAACGAGGUAUGAUGGCGUCCACCUGUCCCGUAAAGCACCCGUCCGCGAAUUCAAACCUGCGUAUGAGCUGCAGCAAAGGUGUCAACAGACUGCUGUGUGUGGGAGGCAUUAUGUGCAUGGGACGAGCGUACCACCAGCUCGGCGCCGGGAUACAGCAGGUCUGAGUCGACGGAAUACAUAAACCUGACUCCAGAACAGAAGAACAGUCACGUUGUUGCUGCGUCUAAGCUGCUCUCGACUCACAUGAAGAUGUAGAAGACCGUACUCGGCCUCGUUGCCAGGCGUCCCGCACCAAUCGAACACGCUAUCGGCACCAAACAGCUCGUCAAACACCUGCACCAAGACAGACAAGCCAAGAUGGGAAGGAAAAUCUUGCCCCGCUCUGCUGUGUUGCCGAGCGCCGCUUCUCACCAGUGCGAUUGCAGCUUCGACGGCUUCCCGACGAGCCUUGCCUCGCCGGGUGGACGUGGGCGGUUUGUUGGUGUGGGGAGUGCCCUCAAGGACAAUGUAGCACUUCUGGACACCCCGCCGCCGGAGGUAGAGCAGCAAUGGCCGCGUGUGGCGCUCGAUGAUGAGCUCGGCGAGUGCGUCAAAUGGGAGCCGCCGAAGAUCCUCCUCGCCAAAACCAUGAUGUCGGCGGAGAUGGGCAAAACCGGUAUGAAACAGCUUGGGACCCUGAAGCGCACCAGGAGGUGUCUGCAGUGUUCCCCCGCAAAGCGCUGAGUGGAAGAGGCGCUGACCUCCAUUGCGAUAGCGGCGGGGAUGGGGGCAUCAGCAGCUUGAGCAGCGCCAUUCCGCUCCACAUACAGGUGGUUGCUGCUUGCGGCUUUUACAGACAGCUGAUGUCACUCCUUUGAGGCCCAUCUACGGAACCCGAUUGCAGCAGCGGUUGGGGG